AUGGGCUGGUUCAAAAGUCAGAAUCAGACCCAGCUAGAUGUUCCAGGAAGUGCGGCCGCGGGACCACCGGCUACAAAUACCACCACCACCACCACCACACAUCCAGACGAAACAGAAGCAUUACUCCCCAACGAAUCCUACAGAUUAGAGCGUCGUAGACCAAGUGGUAGUAAAUUAUGGCUUCUACCAGCUGUAGUUUUCCUCUUAAUGAUGUCCUUCCUCACCCGCGAGGGUGCUAUGUGGUUUUUUAGAAGUAAUUGGGUCUCCGAGGCACGAACUCUUUCUAUAGAUAUAGAUUACACGGACGGCCUAGGAUUUUGGAUAGAAGGCAACGGCAAGGUUGAGGGAACCAUUGACGUUGUAGAAAUACCCCAGGACCAGAAACCAAGACUAGACGUCGAGGUCUUCACCUUGACAUGGGACACUGAAGGAUUUAAAUCAGUACAGCUCGAAAAUACUGAAGGCUGUGUGAUCUUAAAGUGCGAACGAGCCUUCCAAAAAUCCUUCUUCCAGCGAUCAAUACCCCCUGUAAAAGUCCGCGCAAAGCUCUACUUGCGACCUGGAAAGCUUCAAGACCUCCUCCUCGUGGCCAGCAAUCUAAACAUCAAUCUCGACAUCCCCAAUAUCCAAUUAUCCAGCGCAAGCUUCACCAGCGACUUGGGCGUUAUCAAAUCCAUCAACUAUGUAAACUCCUUGGACAUUGAACUACAUACUAUCUCCGGCGAUAUCUCUGGAAAAUUUGACCUCCACGAAAAACUCCGCGUUCGAACGGAGAGAGGAAAAGUUAGCAUCCAGGUCGCGCCAGGUGAAGGCGAGGGCUACGCUUCCACCGAUAUAAAAACAUCAAGCGGUAACAUCGCCAUCAACUUCGACGAACCAAAAACGCAGCGGAGUUAUAGAACCACACUUCACGCUCAUUCUGGGAGCAUCUCAGGUCGCUUAUUCCUAGGGAAAGGUCUCUCCGCAAAGUCCCAAACCGGUGAUAUAGACCUCCACAUUAUAGGAACCGGCUCGAGGGAACCAUACCUAAAAACAAAUACCGAAUCUGGCUUAACAAGAAUCACAAUCGAAAAAAGCCCCCUUGAAAAGAUCCUCAGCACGCAUACCGCAAACAGUGGGGAUAUAAACCUCUUUUAUCCAUCAACUUGGGAAGGAGAACUCCACGCAAAGUCCGGGACGGGUGAUAUCCGCAUUCAAGGCGAUGGUCUCGAAAUCACACAAGAUUCUGAAGGACUCGUAAGAGGUCAAGAGAUUUGGGCAGAAAAGGGCAAUCCUGCAAAUGGCCGUCUGAUGACGCGGUCAGCAACAGGUGAUAUCCUAAUUUCAAUAGCAUAG